AAUUUAUGUAAUUACAAUAACCAAACCAAAUGUAGUUUAUCGCUUUAGUGUGACGUAUCCUCUGUUAAAUUACCUUAUCUUUGCUUUGUUCAUCUAAGUUAUUUGUUCUAUUGAUGAAAGUGUACUAUUUAUUAUAUGGAAACGCGUUAAGGUCUUACUAAAACUUUGUUAUUAGUGAGUUUUAAACGUUAUUUUUAAUCGAAUUGGGAAAAAAACGAGGUUUAAGGAUUUUAAAGACUUUAAUCAGUAAAAACCAUGAUGUGGCAAUUGAGAAUUCCGAAAGACGACAUUUACAAGAAAGAGAACAGCUGAUAAGAAGUAGACUGCGGGAAGUUAUUUCGGAAUAUAUUAAAUGGCCCUGCUAUUGGCAAGAGGCGGUCGAAGAAACGAAGUGACAGGUCAAUUAUUUACUGCUCCUUACUUCAAAGUGAAAACAUGGGCACUAAAAUUCGGGGCUGCAGCCAACAAAGGAUGCACCGUAUCUACUUGUGUAAGAACCAUAGCUGAGAAUUUUAAAAAUCUUGGUGCUGCUCCUGAAUGGGUAGACGCAAAUAAAAUGUUAAGUGAUAUGAGGGAAGAAGUAGAAACUAUGAUGAGCUGGAAAGCUGAUGCCAUAACGAGAAUACGGGAUGCAGCAGAAAUUGCAGUCAUGGGACAUAACUAUGAGCCAGAAAUUAAACUGGACUACAUUAAUGCAAAAUCACCCUUUGUAAAAGAAGGCAAAGAAUACAAGCCUAUAGAGUUUUAUUCGCAUAGAAAUUUUGAUGAUGUUCCAAUUAAUACAAAAUAUAGUGUUGUCCAUGUACCUACAAAUGUAUUUGAUCAAUCUUCAGAAGUACUGAAUGCCAUCAAAUGGACAGAAAGUUUAUAUCACACAUUUCUAAAUAACCUAAAUAGAGAUUCAUCACUAAUAUAUCAGUUUUUUGGUAGUGCAACUGGUUUCCUGCGGCUCUUCCCAGCUAUAAAAUGGAGAACUCCGCAUAGUGGCCCAGACAUGUAUGAUUGUAGAAUGCGACCCUGGUAUAUUCAAGCAGCUGCCUCCCCCAAGGAUAUUGUGAUAUUAUUAGAUGGCAGUGGAUCAAUGACAGGUCUUAGAAAAGAAAUUGCAAGGAAUGUAGUAUUAAAUAUUUUAGAAACUCUUAGUGAUAAUGACUUUGUUACUAUACUCAGGUUCUCUGAAAAUGUUAAAUCAGUUGUUCCAUGUUUUGAAAAUACACUUGUUCAAGCCACGGAAGGAAAUCUCAGGGAAUUCCGUGAACUUUUGAAAGAUUUGGACACGGUCAACAUAGCUAAUUUCACAUUGGGAUUAAUUACUGCCUUUGAAUUACUUCAAAAAGUUGCAAAGAGCAACGAAGGUAGCAAUUGCAAUCAAGCUAUAAUGCUUAUUACGGAUGGUGCUCCACAAACAUAUGAAAUAAUAUUUGCUCAAUAUAAUUGGCCAAAUAUACCAGUGAGAGUAUUUACUUAUUUAAUUGGAAGGGAAGUCACUGACAUGGAUGAAGUACAAUGGAUGGCUUGUCAGAAUCGAGGUUAUUAUACUCAUGUUACAACCCUUGCUGAAGUCAGAGAACAAGUUCAGAAAUAUAUUCCCGUAAUGAGUCGACCAGUAGUGUUAUCGGGAGAUCACCCAACUGUAUGGUCAUCAGUGUAUGCUGAUAUUACGGAUGUUAAACUAACUGACUGGUUGUGGCAAGAAAGAGAAAGGGAUGAAAUUCUUAAACUUAAAACAAAAAAGCGUGAAAAAAGGCAAAAAGACGUAGAAACUGUAAUGCAAGAUUAUCCAGAAGGAAACAUCUCAUCUGAUCACUAUAUGUUAGGAACAUCUCCUAAUAUUGAAUAUGCAACAGAACCAGAAGCACCUCGUCGUCCAUUAAAAAAGAAGUCUCUACAGAAUUCAUCUGCGGCUAGCAGGGCUGUACAGCUUCUGGUGACAGUGGCUACUCCAGUGUUUGACAGACGAAAUUUUUCAAAUGUAACUGAAAGAAUUAGAAGCAGCAAAAAUAUCUGGAUUGAAAGAACAAAAGAGAUGCGAGUAGCUAAUAUUUUAGGAGUAGCUGGGACAGAUGUUCCAAUUAGAGAAAUAAUUAAACUAACUCCACCUCAUAAACUUGGUGUAAAUGGUUAUUCCUUCGUUGUUACAAACAAUGGUUUUGUUUUAUACCAUCCUGAUCUCAGACCAUUGUUUCAAGAUAUGCUGAAACCUGAAUAUAACAUGGUUGAUAUGGCUGAAGUUGAAAUAGUAGAUGAUGAUAAAUUAGGUCCUCGGGAUUUCGAUGAUACAUUAUUAAUGAUCAAAAAUCUAACAAUAAAUGGACGUAUUGGUUGGAAAACAUUACCAGUAAAGCUCCAUCUUGAUGGAAUGAGAAGGGUUGUGACUAGAAAUAACUCUUACUACUACGGACCUUUGAACAAUACUCCCUUUGCGUUAGUCAUCGCCUUACCUGAACCUUAUGGACGUUAUAGAGUCAAAGGUGAAAUAGAAGUGAAAAUGAGAACAGAAGACAUAAAACAAUAUUUUAAAGGAAACAGAUGGAGAAUACACCCUGAUUGGGUGUAUUGUGAAACAGCUAAAAAAGAAGGCGAUGCCUAUAUAAGCCCUGAGGACAUAAUACGAAAUUUUCUCCAAGAAGCUAUGGGUUCUCAAAAAUUUAAAUGGAGAUCUCCAUCUACAAGACCUCCUAUAUAUGAAGUUCUUCUCUGUGAUAAAGAUCUUGUUCAGGGUCUUGUAUUUGAUGCAAAAGCAACUGAUGUAGAUGUUAAAAAAUGUGAGGCUCCUUCCUUAACCCAUCAAUAUGAGGAUCGAAUAAUUGACAUGUAUGGAAUAGUUACAACUUUUGUUGCUACUCGAAGUGGACUUUUACGGUAUGAUGAUCAUAGAUCAGAAGAAGAAAAAGGAAAUAGCACUGAAAGACCUUUCUAUGAAACUCACACAAGGGCUACGGAUGAACUCUUUUACAGAAGGGCUGUGGAUUAUUACCACAUAAACAGUACAGCUUUUGUGUUUGCAGUUCCAUUUGAUGCAGGUACUCGAAAUACAAGUUUGGUAACAGCGAGCCAGGCCAUAUUCGUUGGGAAAGGCAAGAAGCGAGCUCCAGCAGCUGUGGUUGGAGUUCAAUUGAAGCACGCGGCGUUUGUUGAGCGAUUCUUCAACGUAACAGGAACGGUAGGGAAUACGUGUAUGACAGCAUGCAAAUACAAGUGUGCAGACAAACAAAUGGAUUGCUUUUUACUAGACAACAAUGGAUUUGUUGUUGUAUCAGAAGUUCAUGAACAUACGGGGAAAUUUUUUGGAGAAAUAGAUAACGUCCUAUUUGACUCGAUGAUCCAUGGAAAAAUUUUCCGCAGGGUAAAAAUGUACGAUUACCAAGCCAUGUGCGUUGAUAUUAUCGUGCCAUCGGGUCCUGCGUCAUUUCUGAAAACGCCAUUUUACCAGAUAGGAAACAUACUGUAUUGGAUAUGGAGCAAACUGCUUUUGAUAUUUGUGCAAACAAAUGUGUUACCGUGGUUUACAGACAAUGGAAUCAAAAUGGCCCAAGCGUCAGAUUACUAUUACGAUGAUACCUAUGAAGAAGACCAAUUCACACCGAACAAAACAAGACCUCGACCUUGUGAUAAGGAAUUCUAUCUUUAUGAAAUGAGACCAACAGAUUCUUGGGAACCUACGAAAGGUGUUCUUCCAAAUUGCAGUUCAUUUGAAGAUUGCGAUAGGAACUACAUCAUACAAAAAGUUCCUUACACGAAUUUAGUAAUGGUGGUUACAUAUAGUGAGUGUGCAUGUGAUAAUAUUACAGUCUCUGAAAGUUAUAGUCAUUCUUUAGAACUAAAUGAAAUUGUAUAUGAUGAAGAAGAAAGAUGCCAAAGAAUGAGAAAUGGUACAUUGAGAAAAUUACCUGAAAAAUGCGUCCACCAUCAUCCAGAAGAAAAUAGCAUUGAACAGCAAUGCGGAUUGGGGUCCUUCUUACGUGCUUCCAUUUAUAUAGUCGUGGGUGCCUUGCUCCUCCGUCUGCUAUGAAAAUUUCGGUGUGGCCUUCAUGAAAAUUUGCAACCACGACAUAUCGCAAAUCACCCAGAGAUUGCAAUUUCAUGCCUCCUGGUUUUGAAUGUCAUAUCCUUAAAGAAAACCAAAUAAAUUAUUCUAUUUAAUUCACCGAUUGGUUGAAAAUACAAAUAUAUGACUCUUUAUCAGGUUGGAUCUAUUCCUGGACUCUGGUUGCAUUAACUGAGACUUAAGCCACGAACUUCCACUGACUCGAGAAUUAAUCCCAAAUCGAACAAGUCUCGGAUUUUAUAUCGUAAUUGUUACAUACAUCAGAGCGGUCUACUUAUUCUCAUUAUUCUUUUGGAUCUUCAAAUGGUAAAAAUGGUCAUAGGUUUUUUUUAAAAAAAAAUUAAUAAAACUUACAUGAAAUCGACAAAAAAUUAAAUGUUAAAAUCUUAUCUAGUGGACCAGAAAUUUGAGGAUCUAGUCGUUCAUGUGAUCAAAGCAUAUCACAGGCCACAUUUCUCUAUGAGUAUUAUUUUCUAGUUUAAUAAUAAAAUUUAAUAAAUUGUACCAAAAACAAAAGAAGAUAAUUAUGCCUCCUCUGAUAAGCUAUUGCUCAUGUGUUUUGGUCUAUAGCCUUCUUUAGUACUACACACCAACGAUUUCAUGAAUAGUGCAGAUGCUUGAGUUAGCAGCAACACAUUCCUUUGCAAGUGGCACUCAUAUAGCACGAUUAUUUCUCUUAGUAGAUGACGUCAGAUGCUUCAAAAGAAUCUUUGUAUACAUUUUUUCGUCUCCUGCGCAUGUUCCUUGUAACGUGGAAGAAUCCAUUUUGCGCAAUGUGUUCCGAUAACCUAUGCUUCGCGUAGAUCGGUUUUCAGUCUUUCAUUUAGUCCUUCAACUUUUAAAAAAAUGUAUUUGUUAAAAUGGUGAGUUUCUUGUUAAGUUUUUCUGAUAGUGUAUAAAAUAUUAAAUUUAUUCUAUGAUUGAUUAUACCAUACAUAUGAAGCAUAAAAAUGACUUCAACAUGAUCAACUGUUCGUUGAACUGAUAUAUUUUAAAAGUUAAUUGACGAUAGAGUUAGUUUCAGUAAAUACAUUUACUAUGAAUCAUAUCAUUGACAACUGAUUGUAAUGAUGUGAAACAUAUCCCCAAAUUUUUAAUAUCACAGAAAAACGUCCAAGGCAUAAAUUGUAGAGUUAAACGUGGAAAGUUCAGUCGACGCACAAGAAGGUUACUGUGCCACAGUCCUUAAUUGUACUUAUAAUUAGAUCAGAAUGCUCCUGACGACCGCGCCUAUAAAUUUUAAACUAAAAAAAAUCUUGCAAAAAUUUUCUCGCUCUUAUAAUUUUCUUAAGUAUUUCAAGUACUAAUUUAAAUGCUUACAAAAUUUCGUACAGAAUGCAGUUAUAUAAUUGGCAAAAACUAUUGACUAUUCAUAAAAUUGUUUUUGAGGACUCAUAAAUUAAAAGUUAUGUGAAUGCUCUAUCUACUUUAUAACAGACAGCUAAGUUAUGCGCUUGAUCAAAUAAGAAUUUAUAAAAUUUUAAUAAGCUUCUACGAAAUGAAGAAAAUGUGUAUAUAUUUAGAAUAAUGAAACAAUCUUUUUAAAUAAAUGAGACACAUUUUAAUUGGCUGUUCCUCUUAAUAAUAAGCUUAAUUUCUUGCAUGAUUUUUUUUAAUAAAAAACUAAAUGUAAUCUGUAAAUAUCAAUUUGGAAUAUUACAAACGCGGGAAUAAAAACAUUUACAAUCAUCCAAACCUUUAGCAACCGAUAAGUAUCAGUUCACUAAUUCUCAAGUUUAAAGAAAAUAUUUUUAAAAAAAUAAUAGUUGGGAAUUUACUCUAUUAAUAAGCCCGAAUAUAUAUAAAUUAACGUUUUAAAUUAUUGGCUGAUAAAAUGCUUAAUUUUUGAGUCCUUACUAAACUGGUUUUAAUUUGCAUGCAUAAUUAUUAAAAAGUUGUUUGAAACAAAUAUGAAAAUAUUAUAAUUUAAAUUAAUUUUACAAUAAGCAAGGUUGCUAUGAGUUAAAUAAACAACUUCUCAUGCUUGAAAUGUAUUGUUAUAAAUGUGAAAUGCCGUUUUAUAUAUUAUACAACAGACACGCACUAUACAGUGCUUGAAUCAUAUCCUUCCUUAUGUUUUUUUUUCUUUUGCCACAGUGCUUUAGCUGGUAAUUAUUGUGUGACGCUAUUUUCAUGUUUCUCAUCGUACUAUAUCAUAUCUUGAACACGAUGUUUAGUGUUUUGAAGUUGUUUUUUAAAAUAUUUUCUCCCUCAAAGCUGUUAUUUUGUGACAUAAAAAUAAGUUUUUUUUAUGCCUUUUGUAUGUUUCGGCGUAGCAUCUCCAGUCUUUUUCAUGAGAUACAAUCUAAAAAUAAAAGAAACUGUUUUCAAAUUUUUA